AAAUUGUUAUUAUUAUGAAUAAUCUUUUAUCAUUCCUUAUCUGGCUAGGACUAGUUAUAUCACUCUCUAUAUUAUUGUUAUUGUGAAUAUUAUUUUUAUCAUUCCUUAUCUAAUUAGGAUUAUUUGUAUCCCUAUAAAUAAUCUCUACAUGUACUUUGUUUAGCCAAACUAUUCAAUAUAAAUAAUCUCUACAUGUACUUUGUUUAGCCAAACUAUUCAAUAUCAAUAAUCUUCCCAGAAUUAUUGUUCUUACUGCACGGAGAACAUUCCUCAUUAAUCGCCCAGUUAUUACAUUAGCUUGGACUACUACAAUCCCUUUAUUUUUCCUUCUGCAACAAAUCUAAACCUUGCACCAUUUCUCUAUCUAUCUAUAAUAUAUAUAUGGCUUCUCAUACUACGCCAUGCAUUGCAGCUUUAUCAUGUUUGCUUCUGCUGCUCUCCUCUUUCUCACAAUGUCAAGGGCAGCUCUCCCCUACAUUUUACGACAAAACAUGCCCUAACGCUCUAAACAUCAUUCGCACUACCGUAAGGCAAGCUGUGUCUACUGAGCGUCGCAUGGCUGCUUCCUUGGUUCGUCUCCAUUUCCACGACUGCUUUGUCCAGGGUUGCGACGCUUCCAUCUUAUUGGACGAGUCACCGACCAUUAAGGGCGAAAAGACAGCGUUGCCCAACCUUGACUCUGCCAGGGGUUAUGAUGUGAUAGAGGCUGCAAAGGACGAGCUAGAGAAAACUUGUCCCGGUAUUGUAUCUUGUGCUGAUGUAUUGUCUGUGGCUGCACGUGAUGCGAUUGCUGCUGUGGGAGGUCCGUCUUGGACAGUGAAGCUAGGAAGAAGAGAUUCCACCAUGGCUAGUCGUACCAUAGAUCUCCCUAGCCCUUUCGACAAUCUAGAUAGACUUAUAUCCAGCUUUGCAAGCAAAGGUCUUAAUACAAGAGACAUGGUUGCCUUGUCUGGUGCACAUACUCUCGGGCAAGCUCGAUGUUUCCUAUUUCGCGAUAGAAUAUAUGGCAAUGGUACUGACAUUGAUGUCGGUUUUGCUAACACUAGAAGACGGAAUUGUCCAAAAGACACCGGAAAUGGAAAUUUGGCACCCCUUGAUUUGGUGACACCCAAUUCCUUUGAUAACAACUACUAUAAGAACUUGUUGCAAAAGAAAGGUCUGCUUCAAUCGGAUCAAGUUCUAUUCAGCGGUGGAGCAACUGACAGCAUAGUUUCAGAAUAUGCAAGGAGCCCUCAGGUAUUUCAAGCAGAUUUCGCGUCAGCAAUGAUUAAAAUGUCUGAAAUUCAACCUCUCACAGGUCAAAAUGGGAUCAUUAGAAAGGUCUGUGGUGCUUUGAACUAGCUUCAUUUCUUCAAUUUAGUUUUUCCUCUCCAUCAACUUAAUUAAUUGUAUUUCUUUUAUUCAUAACUG